UUAAGCACCACGUUUGUAUAUAGUAUAAGUACAGUGCUAAUCCGGCUGCGCCUUUACUCCAGUCAUUACGGUUAUUACGCACAGACGUGCGCCGCCGCCGUCGUAGCAGCAGGAGCAGGAGCAGGAGCAGGAGCAAGAGAGGAGCAGGCUGGUAACGACGGUGUUUUGAUGGAGAUAACGGUGUCUGUCGAUUAAUCCGUGCCGUCGGAGGGACCGUGUGAAGCGUUUGCACGAACCAGCACCAUGUGCAGUCAGGUGUGCGCGCUAUUUCCGGCCGUAUAGGCUGCUGGCAGUGUUGUUAGCCCUGAUGUGAUAUAGCAGAUAUAGCCCCGCUGUGUGUUUUGUUUUUUUGGACCUUUGCUUUGUGCUUUGCCAGUUUUGCAGUUUGCUCUCUGUUAUGCAUCUCUCCAAGAAAUGUUCCGCCUUCAAAGUGGUGCUGAGUGCUCUGCUCAUAGUGGCGCUCCUGCAGCUCAUAUACCUGUCCUUCUUGUCCAAGUUUCACGGUAAGCAGCAGCGGUACCGGUACUCUGAGCUCUUUGGAGGCUCUGGAGGUAAGAAGAAUGGGCACCCUGAGAAGAACUCGAGGAAGGAGCGUCUGAGGUACUCCCUGUCCACCGGUGGGAUCUUCGACAACAGCGGUCAGUACAGGGUGUACAAGAACUUGAUCAAAAGUGACCUCACCACAAACCAGAAACCAGGAUCUGACCCCAGCUCUAAUGUCCUGGCUUUGGCCACACACACAACCAUCAACAACCUCCAUCACCUGGAGUCUCUUCUGGAAAGGUGGCACAACCCGCUCUCCGUGGCGAUAUUCGCACACGGGCAAGAUGUCAAGUUUGCCACGGCCCUCGUGUAUGCGCUCAGCUUCUUCUGCCCUCAGAUUCAAGCCCUGGUGGACUUUCACUUGGUUUGUCUCUCAGGUGAGAUGGCGAGCUUCCCCGAGCAGGACCGUGAGCACUUUGCGGGGCUUGAGGACUGUGCCUCCGUGUUCUCCAGACUGGAGACCCACAGGGAUCAAUACAAGAACUACGCCAUCAGUGGAAACAUCUCCUACCCCAAUAACCUCCUUCGUAAUGUGGCCCGAGGUGGCACGGAGACCUCCUACAUCCUGGUCAUCGACAUCGACAUGAUGCCGAGCGCUGACCUGCACCAGCAGUUCCUGGCUAUGAUUAUGAAGCGGGAACCGGCGAGCGAUGAGGUAUUCGUCUUGCCCGCCUUCGAGAUCCGCCACGCCAGGAAGAUGCCCGCCACCAAGUCGGAGCUGGUGCAGCUCUACCAGGUAGGUGAGGUCCGGCCGUUUUAUGAAGAGCUGUGUCCUCGCUGUCAAGCCCCCACCAACUACUCCCAAUGGGUCAACAGCCACGUUAGAGAGACGGGAACCCUGGAAGUCGCCUACACGCUCACCUGGGUGGACCCCUGGGAGCCUUUCUACAUUGGGCCCCACACUGUGCCCCUCUAUGAUGAGAACUUCAAGCAGUAUGGCUUCAAUCGAAUCAGCCAGACUUGCGAGCUCCAUGUGGCCGGAUACAGGUUUUCGGUGUUGAGCUCAGCCUUCGUCGUGCACCGGGGAUUCAAGAUCCAGGGCGAGUUUCACGCCAAGAAGGACGAGGAGAACAAACGCAACCGGGUUCUGUUUCGCAGCUUCAAAGAGGGCCUGAAAACCAAAUAUCCAUCCUCCAACCGACGAUGCUGAAACAAGAUGAGGACUGUAUAUCCUGCCUAAUGAAGUCAGCCUUCUGCUGAGAUGAUGGACGUGCAUUCUUCUUAUUUUAUCUAUCUAGUCAUGCUCUCCUUGCCUCAAAAUGUCCUAGUUUUCAUUGUGAUUUCUUGUGAUGAUGGAACAGUUUAAUCUAAUCCAAACUGGGUUUUAUUUCAAGACUCUCUGAAAAUGAACAGCAGGGGAAUGUUCUCUGGGGAUUUCUGAAGGCCCUCUGCUAAGUUGAGACUGAAAGAAUGAAAUGAUCAUUCAAUUUUAGAGAACUGGCUGGUAACUCAUGAGAUUACUGGGGGGUUUUUUUCCAAAUCAAAUGCAGAUCUAGAAACCUAGAUGGCAUUUGAUCCACGUUAAAGCAUAUAAGGUACCUUUUUAGCUGAGAUGCAAGAAUAUGACUGACAGACCUACAUAUCUCACUACAUAUCUACUCAGAGACAAAACUUUCACUGUAACAAGUUUAAAGAUACAGGCAAGGAAUGAGGCACUGCUGCUAAAACGCAGGUUUUUUAAGGUUGCAGGGGCGUUCGCCAAAAAAACAGUGAUCUGCAGCGGAGAAGUUGAGCCUGAUUGCCUGAGCCUGAUGAGUUAUUAUUUCACAGCGGUUACGUUCAGCACAAAUAGACAAACCCCGAGCAGGACCCACAAACCGUCGGAAAACCCUGCGGCGAUUUGCGGCAGCGCCUGAUCUUGUCUGAAUGCGCCCUAAGGGGAAUGCAUCCACUUUUCAGUCAUCCCUUUUUAUAGUGAAAUAUAAAAAAAAGGGUCUUUCUAUCCCAGAGAUAGAACCAUGACGUAACAGCUUUGUACAAAUAAGGUUUAAAAUGACACUAUAUGAUUGGUUGUAUGAUGACAAGUUGUCCAUAUACGUAGAUAGAGAACUAAAAGAUGUGGCAGAGGUGGUCCACAAAAGUCUAGUCUGGUUACAGACAUUCUCAGCUUGAGUUCAAUUAUCAUAACAGGAAAUGUUGUGCCAGCACAAUGACGUGCUCCAACCACCAGGUGGCAACAGGCACUUGAGUGUUUCAGUCUAUAUAUUUCAGCCUGAAGUAAACACGGGGAUUACACAACACCAGUCACCAGUGCUGUCGGGCCCACGGGGAGAUGUGAAUUUACUCUGCGCCACAAAUUGUUUGAACUGUCUGAAGAGAUUACUCACAAGUCAUUAGCACCACAUAAGCACUGGGAAACUGUACGUAGAACAUUGUACAACGCUACAAUUUCAGCAAGACUGUGGAGAACUACUGUAUCAUAAACACUGGUCGUUGGGAGUAGAGUUCAUAAAACGCUGCACAGAUAAACUGUAAAAAGGAUAUGUUUAUCUGAACACCACUAGCCAAUUAUUGAUCUCACACAUUGUUCUGUAGCCUUCUGGUACAUACAGUACAUAGAGCGUUCAACCUUGACUACCACUCUUCUCAUGUCUGUUUAGUGAGAGUAUACAGAAUAUGUUUUAAGUGUUAAGUUGUUAUGUAAUUGUUGAUUUUUGGACAGAUUUAAAUAAGCUUCCCUUCCUCACUUGUUGUGUUUUAUGAUAUAUUUAUUGUAAAACUGGAAUAGGUCGAUUUUUUUUUCUUCUUUUUUUAAUUUUAAAUGACCCCAAGCAGGAAAACUGUAGCACGAAAUUGUGUUUUUGUUUUAGAAACCACUAUACAGUCACUUCUAUUUGGUAGUUUCAGUCAAUUACCUUUGUGUGAUGACGUGGUGUGGUGCUUUUGUUUUCUCAUGUGUCUUUUCUUUACUUGAAAAAGUUUCUUUUUUUUUUAUUUAUUAUUUCGUUUGUGUUCAGAAAGUAUAAUGCUUGGUUUGUAUUGUUGGAAUUUUUAUUAAACCUACCAGAAGACUUUUA